AUGGAUGCACUUUCUCGAUUGCAAGCUGCGUGCGCGCGCGCCAAGGGAAUAUUAAGGAUGGUCCGCCCGAAGUACGACGUGUUCUUGAACUGCAGGGGCGUAGAUAGUCACACCUGCUUCCCGGAUUUCCUCUAUAAAAGCCUAUCAGCCGCUGGGCUGCAAGUGUUCAGAGAUGACGCCGCCUUCUCGGUCGGCAAUCAGCAGAUUGGCCCAGAGGUUCUCCACGCCAUCAGGACUAGUAGGAUCGUGAUCCCCAUCAUCUCGGAACGCUCUGUGCAUAGUAAACGGUGUCUCCGCGAGCUCACCGAGAUUAUGGAUUGCCGCAGAAAGCACGGCAAAUCAGUCUUCCCUAUAUUCUAUAAAGUGAAUGUUGCUGAUUUAGGUCGCCAAUGCGGUAAUUUGCCUGACUUUGAAGAGGCUUUAUGUGAACAUGAGAUGCAGGGCAGGCGAGAAGAAGUGCAAGAAUGGGUAGAGGCGCUGUGUUCUCUAACGAGGAUUAGAGGAUGGAUGUCACAGGCCAUUGCCAAUGGGCAUGAAGGAAAGCUGGUGAAAAUGGUUGUCGCAAAGGUUUUGAGCGAAUUAGAGAUGAGCUGGGUCGAACGGUCUUCCAUGUUCAUAGACUCAGUGAGUCAUUAUUUAUCGGAGAAAAGAAGAAGCCAAAGUAAAUGCCAAGUCUUCUUGAGCCUCCGUGGUGCUGAUACUCGAUAUAACCUUGCUGCUUUCCUCUACACCAGUCUUGUGGCCGAAGGAAUCCAAGUUUUUAAUGAUGACGAUCCGUCCCUCAUAGGUAAAGAUUGUGUUCAUGAGAUACGCAAUGCCAUCGACCACUGCAAGAUAUCCAUUCCAAUUCUCUCAAGCAAUUAUGCGUCCUCUCAAUGGUGUCUCGAGGACCUAGCUCAAAUGGUUGAAUGCAAGAGAACAAAGGGGCAAACGAUAUUGCCCAUCUUCUAUAAAGUGAAGACGUCGCACGUGCGAGACUUAUCGCAUUUGUUUGUAAAGCACAUGCUUCGACAUAAGGAGAUGGUCGACGAAAGUACUUAUGAGCGGUGGGAGCGAGCUGUCGCGGAGGUUGGGUCCUCCAGAGGAUGGGUAUCAGAGAAUAUUGCCAAUGGGCACGAAGCGGUACUUGUGAAAGAGGUCGUGGAGGAGGUUUCAAGGUUGUUGAACAAUCCCCAAACACAUGAUCCCCCGUCCCCAUCCACUGAAUAUUGA